ACAACGUGUUAAUUAAAAUGUCCUGUCCACUCAUCAACGUGUACAACUUGAAGGGAGAACGAUCCGAAUCAACAGUAGCCUUACCAGCAGUAUUCCAAACUCAAAUCAGGCCUGACAUUGUUUCCAAAGUGGCCGAUGAAAUGCGGAAGAACACCCGCCAGCCAUAUGCAGUCUCCAAGACAGCCGGAGUGAAGGUCACCGCCCACUCCUGGGGAACUGGGCGAGCCAUGUCCAGGAUUCCUCGGGUUGUCGGGUCGGGGACUGGUCGAGCCAGUCAAGGAGCAUAUGGAAAUAUGUGUCGAGGUGGCCACAUGUUCGGAGGGACCAAAAUAUUCCGUCGAUGGUACAGAAAAAUCAAUCUCCGACAAAAAAGAUUUGCCAUUUGUUCUGCCAUCGCUGCCUCGGGAGUGUCCUCGUUGGUUAUGGCCAAAGGUUAGUCCGCGGGAGGCAGUUUAGGCCACCGAGUGGAGCAAGUGCCCGAAUUCCCGCUGGUCCUGGGAGACGACGUGGAGAGUUUGACCAAAACGAAGGACGCGGUCUCUGCCAUGAGAAAUGUGAAGGCAUAUGUGGACGUGGAGAAAGUGGUGGACACCAAAAGACUGAGACCUGGACGGGGCAAAAUGAGGAAUCGACGACAUGUGCUCAAAAAGGGCCCGUUAGUUAUCUACAAGGAAGAUAACGGGAUUACAAGAGCCUUCAGGAAUAUUCCUGGUUUUCCGUGUUUUUUUAUUUUGUAG